AAUUCAAAAUGAGUGUUAACAGCAACUGGCAGGUAGAGAAAUACAGAUACCCAUUUGAAAGUGAGGAACACUGGAAACUCAAGAAAGAAUUCUUGCUUGCACACAAGAAGAAUGUUCCUGAAGAACAGCUGGUAUGCCUGGCACAGGUGUAUGUAAAUGUAAAGCUACUUGGAUGCAGGUAUCCAGCCCAGACAAUGAAAAAGAUUGCAGCACUUGGUGUCAACCUUGGGAAAGAGUACAAAGAAAUGCAGAAGACGCGGCUUCAACGCACAUUCGUCAAGGCUUCUGAAGCAGCUGAAGCCAAAAUUAUGAGAGCUCCAAAGAGAAAGUUUGAAGACACAAAUCAGGGUAACAAAAAUACAAAGAAAGUGCCCCUAGCUCAGAGACCUGUAGCAUUUGUUAAAUCUAGUGACAACAAAACGGAAAAUCAGAAUGCACAAGAAGACAGUGCUCACACUCAGGUACCUAAGCCAGCCAAGCAGAAGAAAAUGGCACCGAAUAACAACAGUACACAAGUCGCCAAUACACUAGUUGCCAGACACGAGACAGACCAGGAACACAGGAGUACCAGUGUGCUGCCCUUAUCUAUGAGACCCUUAGCCUUUGUGAAAUCCGAUAAGGUCCUUCAUUUGGGGGAGGACUCGCCAGACACCCCUGAAGAUGAAACAAAUGAAGCCGAGGUAGAAGAAGCAGAAAUAAAACCAACCAGUGAACCAGUCUCCAACCAGAUAAAUCAGCCAGAAACAAAACCGACCCUUAAGCCAGUCUCUAACCAGAAAAAACAGCCCGAAACAAAACCAACUAAUGAACCAGCCUCCAACCAGAAAAAUCAGUCAUGGGGCAUCAACCUUGCACCGAAUAAAUAUGUAAUCGCUGUCCAGAAUAAUUCGAAAUUCACCAACCCUGUAGUGCAGCCUAAAGGUUCAACCUCAGGAAGGGAAAUCACUCAGCCGGAUGCCAGGGCGGGAAGAGGAGCAGUAAGGUCCGGUCCAGCCUCCCAAGGGCCAUCACCCACACCUGCAUUUAAUCAGACCAACAGAAUUUCCCCCUCAAAUGGAAUGCAACAGAGGCCAGGACAGAAACCAUUCAUGAAAUUCAAGAUCAACGAGCGGGACCCCCUGGCCAGAUUUGUGAUUUUGGAGCAUGGCUAUGUCAACAAUGACUCAGCAAUCAGCACCAUCAACCAGUCCGCCAACUUCUCCCACAUGCACAUAGAGUUCAAAUUCAACGAUUGUGGUUGUAACAUGGAGUGUGCAGUGGUAAUCCAGGGCACACAGGUCGGUAAGGCCAAAGAACCCACCAAGAAGGCCGCCAAGGAGAGUGCAUCGAUGCAGGCACUCGAGGAGCUCCGGCGCAGGUGCUAUACUCUCAAGAUCAUGAAGAAGCAUGCGUCAGAGGAGGAGGUAUCCAUCACAGACGUGGAUGGUAGGGUAUCCAAGGUGAAUGAAGGAGGCUCCUCUUUAGACAGGCCUGUGGAGGACUCUUCCAUAGGCAGCAAGCUCCUCAAGAUGAUGGGCUGGAGUGGUGGAGGACUCGGCAAGGAAGAGUCAGGCAUCACAGAGCCUAUCAGGCCAGCUACGGUAUUCGGGCGCGAAGGACUGGGCCACGAGGAGCAGGGCGUCACGCAUAAGUUCCGUUCGUAUAUCAGGACUCUCCUCUCAGACUUUGCCAAGGGCUCCAGCCUGAAGGACUUGGCCUUCUCACCAGAGUUCUCCAGGGAACAGCGGGCCGAGAUUCACAUGUCUGCUCGUAAAUUCAAGCUAAAGACCAAGAGUUUCGGCGAAGGGCAGAACCGCUUCCUGGUGCUGUCCCGCAAAUUCUCCGCCCUUGAGCUCAUCGAGAAGAUCGUCCAGGAGGGCGGGACGAGCAAAUAUGAGGUCGUGCCACCAAAGCGCUAGUGACAGGGGGGGCGAUUACAUGUCAGAAGAGCAUCGCUGGAAUAUGGUGUUUGUAAGGAGGGCAUUGUUGCUCAAGUUCCCCUCCUCCCUCCCCUUCCCUUUUUUAAACACACUUAUAGCAUAAUAUAUCUAUAAAUAUUCAUGUUUAUGUAUUUAUAUUUAUUUAUAUAUAUUUGUGUUUCAUCAGUUUGCUAAUAUAUCUUUUUGUUAGGAAUCCUAUAUUUUGUCUCAGUAUUCCACUGCAGCCCAAGUCCUCUGACAUGCAAGUGAAAAAUGGGCAUUAUUGCAUAUCGUAUAUUUCUUUAGUGCUAUAUUUCUAUGUUGAAGGAACUUGAAUAUUUUAACUGAGUAAUGCAGCAAUGGGAAACUUCUGAGCAGUAUUUAAUCAAUGUCAUUAUUUCGUCUGAUGUGUACAUAGGAGAACUUUUCUUAUCAGUUUUUGUUUGUUGUUCAGCAAAUCAUUGUCUUCUGGUUAUUGAAACAUCAAAGCAUGUAAGAUAUAUAUACAUACAACAUAAUGUAUAGAUUAAAUAUUCAAUGUAAAGUAGAUUUACAUUACACAGAUUUCAUAAUAUUUUGUUUUUGAAUGGCAUAAUGAGGAUCCAGAUUGUAUAAGUGUUUGUGAAGUCACAGUAAAUAGGGAAUUUUUUUAUGAUAUAAAUAGGAAAAGUAAUCCUUUCCUUAUCUUUUUAUUUUUUCUGUUUAUUUGUUUGUUUGUUGAAAAAAUCCUACUGAGUGAAGUGAGACGAUGUUAUUAUGUAUUCUGUACAAAUGAAAUGUAAAAAAAAUAAAUAAAUAAAAACAAUAUUUCUGUAAAGAGAGAUACAUCCAGGAAAGAAAUACGAAAAUAAAAAUA